AUGGCACAGUCAUCCCCCCAACCAAACUUUAUAAGCAAUGGCCUCAACGGCCCCAGCUCCAACCUCCCCAUAAUCCUCUGCCUCCAUGGCAGUGGCACCAACGCUACAAUCUUCAACGUGCAAACAAUGCGUCUCCAGCGAGCCCUACUGAAGUCAUUCCGCUUCGUCUUUCUCGAUGGACCCAUAGACUCCAGUCCUGGCCCAGGCGUCUUACCCAUGUUUGAAGGCUGCGGUCCGUAUCUCCGGUGGCUGCGCCCCGACGAGAGCGUCACGCACAUGCCGCCCGAGACAAGGAAAUUAAUUGUAAGGGCAAUAUUGGCGAUUGAGGGUGAUGUUGUAGGCGUUUUGGGCUUUUCGCAGGGCUCGAAGUUGGCGGCGGGACUGCUUUGGGAGCAAGAGUUCAGGAGGAGGAAUGGGGACGUUGGAGGGAGGGGAAUUGGCGAUGGGUUUAAUUUCAAGUUCGGGGUAUUUACUCAUGGGAUUUCGCCCCCAAUGACGGAGCAUCUCGUUGAAGAUGAGCAGAAGGACAACAUAAUUGAGCUUCCGAGUUUGCAUGUUGUGGGUGCUGAUGAUGAGUGGGCGGAGAGUGGGAGGACAUUGUUUGACCGGUAUUUUGAUAAGAAGACUGCCAAAAAGUUGGAGUUUGAUAUUGGACAUCGGCUUCCUACGGAGGAGGCAGAAACGGCAAAGAUUGCGGAGGAAAUCCUGCGGAUAUACGAUGAGACUUGCCGGUAG